AUGCACAGACAAACAAUAUAUGGGUAUAUAGAUAUAUUACAAGUAGUGAAUGAAAAUACAUUCAUCUUUAUUAAUACUACUACUACUACUACUACUACUACUACUACUACUACUACUACUACUACUACUACUACUACUACUACUACUACUACUACUACUACUACUACUACUACUACUACUACUACUACUACCACUACUACUACUACUACCACUACUACUACUACUACUACUACUUAUUAG